AUGACAACUCAAGAGAACACAGCUAAAACCAAGAGAGGUGAUUUAACAUCUGCUGAAAAAGAGAUGCUACAGGUUGCUGCUGCAGGGGAUGUGCAAGAGGCCACUCGGCUUCUCAACAGUAAAGAAGUACGGGUUAACUGUCUGGAUGAGAAUGGCAUGACACCCCUCAUGCAUGCAGCUUAUAAAGGGCAAGCAGACUUAUGCAGGCUAUUGCUACAGCAUGGAGCUGAUGUCAACUGUAAUGAGCAUGAGUAUGGCUAUACCGCUCUUAUGUUCGCCAGCCUUUCAGGCAAUGCUGAGAUUACAUGGAUGAUGCUGGAUGCUGGGGCAGAGACCGAUUUGGUCAACUCUGUGGGCCGGACAGCAGCACAAAUGGCCGCUUUUGUAGGCCAGCAUGACUGCGUGACUGUGAUCAAUAACUUCUUCUCACGAACAAGAUUAGAAUACUACACCAGACCACAAGGCUUAGAGAAGGAACCCAUUCUUCCUCCAAAACUGGCAGGACCUUUACAUAAAAUCAUCAUGAACACCAACCUUAACCCAGUCAAGAUGGUGAUGAUGGUGAAAGAAAGCCCGCUCCUAGUAGAUGUUGUAGCUCUAGAGAAGUGUUACCAUGUGAUGGAUCUACUGUGUGAGCAGUGUGUGAAGCAGCAGGACAUGAAUGAAGUGCUGGCUAUGAAGAUGCACUACAUCAGCUGUGUUUUACAAAAGUGCCUGGCCUUCUUACAAGAGCGUGAUGACAAACUAGACGCUCUCCUCAAGAGUCUUUUAAAAGGCAGAGAUGGUGAUGGCUUUCCUCAGUACCAGGAGAAAUUUAUUCGUGACUGUAUUCGGAAGUUUCCUUACUGCGAGGCGACUCUGUUGCACCAGCUGGUCGAAAACAUAGCUCCAGUGGAAAUUGGGCACUCCCCAACAGCCUACUCAGUUCUUACUCAGGCAUUAACGGGUCAGAUGGCUCUAAUGGAUACCGAGUUUUGUGCUACAUGUGGAGAGAGGGGAGCUGAUGAGAAGUGUUUGUUCUGCGAAAUGGUUGUCUAUUGUGGACAGGCUUGUCAGAGGUUGCACUGGUUCACUCAUAAAAAAGUGUGUAAAGCCCUGCAGCGACAAAGAGAAUUUCAAAGUAAAGACUCUGCCAGUCUGAGAGAAAUCCCUGGACAUGCCAAUGCUCAUGAUUUGAUGGAGGGAAAUUGCACCUCAUUGCUGAGUCUCUGUUUGGGAUUUGCGGAACUUGGACGUUCACAUUCUUUUUCUGAGAACUACCCUGACCCUUCGAAUGCUGUUGCAGAGGCCAUGUCUGGCUGCCAGGACUGGGGAAGAGACGGCCAUCCAUCAUCCUGA